AUGGCGGAGACCGUGACCGAACAACUGCAGCAGAUCGCUCGAGACGGUCGUACCGUGAUUGCAACGAUCCAUCAACCUUCAUCAGAUCUUUUUGCACUAUUCGAUCAGCUAUACUUGCUCUCAGACGGUGCUGCUGUCUACCAUGGAAAAGCCUCUGAAUCUGUGGACUAUUUCGCCUCAAUGGGGUAUCCAUGUCCCUCUCUAAUGAACCCGACGGACUAUUUCAUGCGGCAACUUGUAGUUAUGGAUAAAGCGACCGACGAAGCUGGUGUCGCUCGAGUGGAAGGUCUUAAAGUCGAGUGGCUGAAACACCAGACACUUCCUCAAAUCGACCACGAAGAUUUCCAUGCAAGAGAGAGUGACGGCCAUUUCGAAGACUCUCGUUUGGAAUGGAUAGGCCAGAUCGCAGUUCUUGUGCAACGCAAUGUCAUCCGCUUUGUCCGCGAUCGAUUUGCCUUCCACGCUGCCAUUUUCCAGACGCUUUUCGUUUCUCUGGUUGUUGGACUUAUCUUCCUGCAACUCGAUCUGGAUCAGGAUGGUAUUCAGAACUUUACGGGUGGCUUCUUCUUCCUGGUCGUUAACCAGACUUUCGCUUCGGCUAACCCUGUCUUCAUUUCCGUUCCUAUGGAGCUGCCAAUCAUCAUCCGAGAGUACAAAGCUGGCCUGUAUCACCUCUUCUCUUGGUAUUUCUCCAAGAAUGUGAGCGAAUUCCCCAUGCAAAUUCUACUUCCGAUCCUCUUCUUCGUCCCAGUAUAUUUCCUCAUGGGCAUCGGUCACGGCUUCGACGUGUUCAUCUACAUGCAGAUCAUAAUGAUUCUCGUCAACAGUUGCGCAGUUGGGCUUGGCUACAUGGUCUCGUGUCUAAGUCGUCGAGUGGAUAUCGCUCCGAUCAUCGGGGUGGUGAUUAUCCUGCCGUUUUUGCUAUUCGGAGGACUGUUAAUCAACUCGGACGACUGCCCUGACUACUUCGUAUGGGUGCAAUACAUAUCACCGAUUAAAUAUGGCUUCGAGGCACUUAUGAAGAUCUUUUGGCGCCAAGUGUCGUCUAUCUCCUGCGAAGCUGACGUUGAGAACUGCACCGCGUUGACUGGGGAUGAAGUGCUCAAGAACUACAGCAUGGAGGGGCGCUCGGCGGUGGUUGACGGUGCUAUCCUCAUUGCUAUCAACUUGGGGUUCCGAGCUGUAGGAUUCCUCGGACUGUGGCUCAAUUUACACAGUCAGAAGUAA